AAGCCCGUAUUUAAGAUGGGCCAAAAAAAACUAGUUUUACCUUUAAUUUUUUACCAUUUUUAGAUUCUCAGCCCCUCGACGAAACCGACCACACUCAAACAGUGAAACCCUAACACAAAGACGCUGUAUCAACCGCCCUCCUCACUGGUGUCGUUCAGUCGCCGGCCACCGUAUUCUCCGCCGCGUCACCGCAACCGAAACCCUAUCUUCUGCCUCUCUCCGUCUCUUUCCAAUUUCCGCCAGAAUUUCAGAGUUUUAAGAAAGUGCAAACCCUAAUCUACUAUGAAAAAAUCCAAAUUUAAAGAGGGUCCAUUAAUGGGGUUAUCGAAAGAUCUGAUUCUUGAAAUCCUGUUUCGAUUGCCCGUCAAAUCGUUAGGAAAGCUCAAAUGUGUCUCCAAGAAAUGGGAAAAACUAAUCUCAAACCCUGGUUUCGCCAUAUCUCAUCUCGAAUUUUCAAACUCUACUACUCCACCCUUAACCGCUGCUAUGGUUCAGUAUAACAGCAUAUGCUCGCUUAAUUUUAAAAGCUGUACUGAUAUCACCGAGGGAGUAAACUUAACCCGGUGGGGUCGACAAUUCGACGAUGCUAACGUUUUUGACGAGCGUUACUUUUUCAUGAUUGGGUCAUGUGAUGGUCUUCUUUGUCUUUACAUUAAGGAGACAGAUAAGAGGAAACAAGCUGAUGAUUUGAUGUAUCUUUGGAACCCUAUUACCAACGAAACCAGAGAAAUCUCAUUGCCUGUUGGCGGAAAAUCCACUUAUGUUCAUGUAGAUUCUUGCUGGUUCGGCUUUGUUAACUCUACAAAUGACUACAAGAUCCUUUUGGUUUGUACAGUGUAUAAGCCCCAUCGACAGUACAUGCUUAUGUACUCGUUGAAGAAUGAUAGUUGGAGAGAGAUACGUGUUAGUGGUGAAGAUUUGUCUUCCAUUUCAGGAAAUGUCUCAGUUUUUAUGGAUGAUGCAUUGCAUUUCCUUGGUCAUAGAUGCAUACUUAAAUUGGAUUUGGUUAGUGUAACUUUUGUGAGGAUACCCUUUUCAAUUAUGCCUGAGUCAUUUCCGAGUGUCGAUCAAAUGUUGCUCGGUGUCCUUGGAGAAUAUGAUUGUCUGUGUGUUGUGUUUGUACAUUACUCCAAUAAAGGCUUGGGGAAAGCCUACGAGGAAGAUUCCGAGGAAGAUUCUGAGGAGGAAGAUUCUGAAGAUUCAGAGGAGGAAGUCAAGGAAGAGGAAUGUAUGUUAGAGAUGUGGGUGUUGGAGGAAUAUAACAACUGGAAUUCUUGGAAGAAGAUGUAUAGAAUUGAUUUGGAGAAGGAGAUUGCUGGACUCUGCACCAAAUUGAUAGGGCUCACGUACAAUGGGAUUAUUUGCAUUCGAACUAUGAAUGAUGGGUUUGUUGUUGUUGACCCAAGUUGGGAUCCACCUUCAUAUGUCAUUGUGAGGAAACAUUGUGAAAAGGUUCACAAUGUGGCUGAUUAUGUGGAGACUCUCGUUUCUCCAUUUUCUCCUUUUGCUUCUGAUGAUGAUGAUGAUGAUGAUGAAGAAAGUGAUGAUGACGAGGAUGAUAGUGGUGAUGGUGGUGGUGAUGGUGAUGAUGAUGAUGGUGGUGGUGUUGGUGGUUGUGAUGAUAAUGGAAUUAAUUUGACUUUGAGUUUAUAGAACUUCUUUUUUACUUUUCCAAUUAAGCUGCAUUUGUAGUAUACUAACUGCUAUCUUACUUUCACAUGACUAAUCCAUCAGUGAGUCGGAAUAUGCAUUGUGGAUCAUCUAACUGCUUUUGUAGGAUCCUUAACUUUAGAAGUGGUGAAAGUUGUCGACGAGAUUUGUUGUCAGCAGCUUGCAACUAAGAAGUUUGUGUGUUACUCCGGUUUCUCUAUCCUGAGGUGGAAUCUGAUAACUUGGAGCUGAACGUGGCGUUACAAGAACGGUGUGAAGGAAGAUCAUGUUUUGUUUAUGAUUUCUUCUCUUAUGCUUGUAAGUUAAGUUUUAUUAAGAUUAGUUUAUGCAUUUGCAAUAGGAAUCCCUUUCCAUUGGUUAGAAAACAUGGCUCUGGAAAUUGUACUUUUGGACAAGUUGGUGUUUAAGUGUAGCUGUGUAGGUGAUUCCUAUGCAUUCUGUCAAUUCUUUCUUUGCUGAUUAAUUGGUUGACUAUAUUUUGGUUUAUGUACGGAAUGCUUGUGUUGGGGAAUAUUGAAACAGAAGUUUGCUGCAGAA